UCCUGGAUAGUCAUGGCGGACUGCAGGAAAUGGGAGAAGAAACGACAACGUUAACAGGACACCGGGACGAUACUAUGUGGAUUGCUUUACUAUUAUCAAGGCACCGAAAAGAUUAGUUUAGGGAGAUCGCAACGAGGGAGGGGGGAGCAAAGAUACCCUCGCUUUCCCCGCUUCCUAUGAAGCCCUAGCCAAAAGGAAGCAUUCCGAGGUUCCUUUUUCCUUGCUUUUGCGUGUGAUUCUCAAGGGGCGCCUGCCUUGUGAUUCCUGUCCUCGGCGUUUCCGCGCAAAAAGGUGCUGCCUUUGGGUAUGUUUGCUUGUGGUUUUGCUGCGUUCUUGAUGUGCCUGUUCAGUGGAUUUACAAGCCCAUUUGUCUCUUCAAGAGAGAACCCUGCAUUGUGAUUCUUGUUUCUCUGCGUUUACGGGAAAAAGGAGCUGCCUUUCGGUAUGUUUGCUUGUGGUUUCCGGUGUUCUAGAUGCGCUUAUUCAACGGGGUACCCAUGCCUCUUUCUUCAUUCACAUUUCAAGAAUGUGUUCUAGCGAAAAAAUAGCAUUUUUAAAGAGAGUCAAAAGUAGUUCUCUUGAUGCUUAGAUUAGCGCAGGGCAAGAGAAUUUUGUGUUGAUAUGGUUCAAGUAAUUUGUUUGUGUUUCUGAGUGACUUCCUGUCGAGUGAGAUGAGAAGCUUUGAUGGAGGGAUCUUCUCGUUGCUUCUUUCUGCGUUGUCUAUGGAUUUGCCUGCUAGAUUUGAAAAAAGCAAAACCGAUUGUUGUUGGUACUAGUGAAAAUAUAGUAGCCUUACUCAUAUUUGUUGCAGAUUUGGGGUAAUGAUGCACGCUCCAUCCAAUAAGAGAACUGCAGCAGAAAACGGGGAUGGAGGGAUUGAUGUGGUCCUCAUGCGGUCGCUCGGAAAUGGGGAGGAUUUAGGCCCCAUUGUUAGGUAUGCUUUUGAGUGUGGAAAACCUGAGGCCCUCUUGCACCAACUCAGGAAUGUUGUUAGGAAGAAGGAAGUGGAGAUUGAAGAACUGUGCAAACUUCAUUACGAUGAAUUCAUCCUUGCAGUUGAUGAGUUACGGGGUGUGUUGGUUGAUGCUUAUGAUCUCAAGAGCUCUCUAUCAAGUGAGAAUUUACGGCUACAAGAGGUGGCAAGUGCACUUCUGUUGAAGCUCGAUGAGCUCCUUGAGUUGUACUUGAUUAAGAAAAAUGUCACAGAGGCCAUACAAACGUUGAAGGUAUGUGUGCAGGUCUCAAAACUAUGCUUAGCUUGCAACAUGCAUGUUGCAAACAAUCGGUUCUACCCUGCACUGAAGAUCUUGGACUUGAUCGAGAAAGAUUACCUACAAAACACUCCACUUAAGGCCCUGAGGAAGGUGAUUGACAAGCAAAUACCUGCAAUUAAGCUGCACAUAGAGAAAAAAGUGUGCAGUGAGUUCAAUGAUUGGCUUCUUCACAUAAGGAGCAUAGCAAAGGAGAUUGGGCAGUUGGCUAUAGGACAGGCUGCUUCGGCCCGUCAAGGGGAUGAGGAAAAGCGGGCUCACCAGAGGGAAGCUGAAGAGCAGAGUCGAUCUGGUGUUAAUCCUGUGUAUGCAUUGGACUGUGAGCAUAUUGAUGAAGAUUCAGUGCUAGAGUUUGACCUGGCUCCUUUAUAUCGUUCGCACCAUAUACACACAUGCUUGGGCAUCCAAGAAAAAUUUUGUGAGUACUAUUACAAUAACCGGCUAAAUCAGCUGAAUUUAGACCUGCAGAUCUCGUCAGCACUGCCCUUCCUUGAAUCUCAUCAACCCUUCUUUGCACAGAUUGCUGGGUUUUUCAUCGUGGAAGCUCAAGUUCUGCGAACUUCUAGGGGGUUGUUGUCGGAGAGUCAGGUGGAGAGUUUAUGGGAUUCAGCUAUGUCAAAGAUGAAAUCUGUUCUAGAGGAUCAGUUCUCUCAUACAAACACAGCAAACCACCUUCUACUCAUCAAAGACUUUGUUACUCUUUUUGGUGCCACUCUUUUGCGUCAUGGGUACCAGGUAACACCUUUGCUUGAGGUUCUUGAUAACAGCAGAGACAAGUACCAUGAACUUCUCCUUAGUGAAUGCCGCAAGCAAAUAGGAGACAUCCUCGCAAGUGAUACGUUUGAACAGAUGGUGAUAAAGAAAGAGUAUGAGUACAAUAUGAAUGUGGUGUCAUUUCAUCUUCAGUCCUCGGAUACAGUGCCAGCUUUUCCAUUUAUUGCACCAUUCUCUUCCUCUGUUCCAGAUGCAUGUCGUGUAGUGCGUUCCUUUAUUGAGGACUCAGUUAGCUAUCUAUCAUAUGGAGGUCAUAUCAACUUUUAUGAUGUUCUAAAGAAAUAUCUUGACAAGCUUAUGAUUGAUGUGCUGAAUGAAGCUCUGUUGAGCAUGAUCCAUACUGGUAAUUUAGGUGUAUCACAGGCAAUGCAAAUUGCAGCCAACAUAGCUGUUCUUGAGCACACUUGUGAUCUUUUCCUGUGGCAGGCUGCCCAACUUUGCUCAGUCCCAUUACACUUAGUUGAGAGGCCUCAUGCUGGAUUGACUGCUAAGGCUGUUUUUAAGGCAUCGCAGAAUGCUGCCUAUAAUGCAUUGUUGAAUGUGGUUGAUUCUAAGUUGGAUGAGUACCUUGCCCUCAUGAACAGCAUCAAUUGGACAGCUGAUGAAGCCCCCGAACAUGCAAAUGAUUACAUUCAUGAAAUUGUUAUUUAUCUUGACUUAUUGAUCUCUACUGCUCAGCAGAUUUUGCCUUUAGAUGCUCUUUACAAAGUUGGGGUUGGUGCAUUGCAUCAUAUUUCUGAUUCGAUUGUGGCAACUUUUCUUAGUGAGAGUUUAAAGAGGUUCAACCUCAAUGCCAUCAUUGGCAUUGACAAUGAUCUGAAAAUGUUAGAAGCCUUUGCAGAUGAAAGAUUUCAAAGCACAGGUCUGAGCGAUUUAAAGAGGGAUUGCAUUUUCAGAGAUUGUUUAGUAGAAUCGAGGCAGUUGGUGAACCUUUUACUGAGCAAUCAGCCUGAUGAUUUCGUGGAUCCUGUUAUAAGAGAGAAAGAUUAUGGUGCUCUGGACUACAAGAAGGUUGCAACUAUCUGUGAAAAGUUAAAGGAUUCACCAGAUAGGUUGUUUGGGAGCCUUUCUAACCGGAAUGCAAAGCAAAAUUCUCGGAAGAAGUCAAUGGACACGUUGAAAAGGAGGCUGAAAGAUUUCAGUUGAAUUGAUCAUGCGUGAUUUUUCUGGUCAUCAUAAGAGUGGGAGUACUGCAAUGAGAGAUUCUGUUGGCUGCAUCUGCUGUAAUGUAAACUAACUUGUGUAGUUUGUAACUUCAGUUAUGUUGUCAUACUAUGUUGGCUGAAAUCUAAUCCCAAAUAGUUGAACUGUCACUUAGGUUAUUGUAAAUUUCUUUGCUUUUUCUAUGUAACACAGUAAUCUACAACAAUUAUGUGUUCUCUUGUUGCCAUAACCAGCAACUCUAUCAUUCUUCUCCUUGUGCAAUCUUCUGAUUUGGUUUUAGAACUCUUUUGAAGACCAAGGAGAAGCACAGAGAACAAAGAGAUGAGUUCUUGUUGUAGUUUUGUGUAUGUAAUAUGGAAGUGGGAUCAGGAAACAAUUUGCCUGCUUCAACAAGCUUCAACUUGA